UGGCUGAAUCUCCACGCACAGACAGGCUCUACGUUGCAAUCUCCGACUAACACCCACAAGCGCAACCGCUUAUACUUACCCGACAAAUCUCCCACCUUGUCUUGAAGUACACUGUGACCACUAGGCCCUGGAAAUAUUGGCUCAGCAUCACGGCUAUAAGCUUGCAUUAUUCAAGAUACCAUUUGGCACGACUCAAGAUGAAGGAAGGGUUUGUCACAGAUGGCCCAAAGGUCGAGAUCCGCGACACCCCCCAGCCAAAGCCGGGCCCUAAGCAGGUUGUCAUCAGGGUCAUUGUCAGCGGCUCAAACCCCAAGGACUGGAAGGUCCCCAAGGUCCUGCCCACCCCUUUGAACCAAGGAGACGAUGUUGCCGGCUAUGUCCACGAAGUCGGCUCCGAGGUCUUCGAGUUCAAGCCUGGUGACCGGGUGGCCGCCUUCCACGAGAUGCUCAAGCCCUAUGGCUCGUACGGCGAGUUUUCUCUGGCUGAGCAGCAUACAACUUUCCACAUCUCCGCAACAACCAGCUUUGAGGAAGCCGCAACGCUCCCUCUGGCUGCUAUGACUGCAGCCAUCGGGCUCUUCCACUCUGACCAGCUUGCCCUACCGGCGCCAUGGACACCAGCCAAGCAGCCGAUCCCGCUCGUCAUCUACGGCGCCUCGUCCGCCGUCGGCUCGUACGCAUUGCAGUUUGCCCAGCGGGCCAAUAUCCACCCAGUGAUCGCCGUGGCCGGCAAGGCCGCCGCGCACGUCGAGAAGUUGAUUGACCGAAGCAAGGGCGACUCAAUCGUCGACUACCGCCAGGACGACGUCCCGGGAGCCAUCCGCAAGGCUCUGGGCAGCGAGUACGCGGACAGUUUGUACCACGCGUACGACGCCGUGUCCGAGCACAACAGUUACGUCCAGCUCGGGGAGGUCCUGGCGCAGUCGCCCUCGAAGCAGACCGGUGCCGCGGCGAAAAUCACCCUAGUGCUGCCCGGCCGGAAGUACGAGGACUUCCCGACCCACGUGGAGAAGCACAUAACCAGCGUCGGCGCCUCGCACAAGGGCAGCGAGGACUUCGCGUAUGUAUACUUCCGCUACAUCGCGCGCGGCGUGCAGGAGGGCUGGUUCAAACCCCAGCCGCACGAGGUUGUCCCUGGUGGGCUCGAGGGGGUGCAGAAAGGUCUGGAGAACUUGCGUGACGGCAAGGCCAGUGCCACCAAGUACGUUUUCAGGAUUUCCGAGACGCCCGGGCUCGAGAAGCACGCAGAGGCCAAGAUAUGAGCGGCUCGUUUCAUGGGACAUCUUGACCCUGACGAUCUAGGCUGAUUCGAGGCAUACAUUCAAGUAUGCAGCACAAUCUUACAUCUGUGUCACCUUUUCAUCUGGCGGUGCCAUC